AUGGUCCGGAAUAAUCGCAUUCCGCCAGAAUGUCCAUCGGAGUACAAGUGGGACGCUAUCAUCAUCGGUAUAGUUGCGACACGUUUGCCAACAGAAGUAAGAAGAUGUUGGGAAGUCAAGUCUGCUUCUUAUCCUGAAAUACUUACAUGGACAAAACUUAAGCGAUUUAUCAAGAAUCGAUUACAAGCAUUGAAUAUGUUACAAUAUAAACCAAGCACUGUAAGUAAUGUAAUUAAUGCUGGUAAGAAAAAACAGUUUGUUAGAACCACAGCGCAUUUGGCGACUGAUAGUCAAACCAACAAUCAGUGUUUAAUAUAUAUGCAGAACCACAUCAUUUACAAGUGCAAUACGUUUAUGAAAUCAAAACCCAGUGAACGAUUGAAUUUAGCUAAAAGGGCAAAAUUAUGUUUUAAUUGUUUGCGCACAACACAUGGUACGAAUCAGUGCACAAAUGAAAAGACUUGUAAAAAUUGUGGUUUAAAACACCAUACACUAUUACAUUUGAACAUAAGAAAGGUCAGUACACCAGAGGGUGAAAAUACUUCAAGUGACCAGGUGAAGGAGCAUGGUUUUCAAAGUACGAUGUCUCAUCUAGAAGCGGUAUACCCUACCACAUCUCAGAACGUCAUACUAUCAACAGUAUUAGUACAUGUGAGUGCCAAGAAUGGCCGAACAGUGUUAUGCCGAGCACUACUAGAUUCUGGAUCACAAUUGCAUUUUGUAACAUCGUCUUUGAUAACAGAACUAGGUAUUAACAGAAUGAAAACACGUGUAAUCGUCAACGGUAUCUCUUCAGCAGAGACAACUGUUACCGAGAUGGCCGAGUUCACGGUGACGUCAUGCUUAAACCAUAAGCAGUAUAAAAUCACUGGCUUGUUGGCCGACCCUACAUUCCAUUUACCAGGAAAAAUUGACAUGCUCAUAGGAUCUGAACUCUUUUAUGACAUUUUACAAGAUGGCAAACAUGUUGGACCAAAGGGUACUCCAAUAUUACAAAAUUCAAGGUUUGGUUGGAUCGUGGCGGGUUGCAGUAACAACAUCAUAAAAAAUGAUCUCGCACAUAUCACUACAAAUGUCAUCGUCUGUUGUACCACGUAUCAGCAACUUGAGAAACAAAUUGAAAAUUUCUGGAAUAUUGAAGAAGUGCCUAGAGUGACAAUUAUGUCAAAGGAAGAUCAACUCUGUGAAGACCACUUUCUUAAAACAUUUAAACGAAAUGAAAAAGGACGUUAUGUUGUUCGAUUGCCGUUUAAGGAGACUCCACAUUCAGUGAACAGUUCAUAUGAAGUCGCUGUACGAAGACUCGCUCAGGUGGAGAGGUCUCUUCUUCGAAAUCCAUCUGUGUACAACCAGUAUCGUGAGUUCAUGUUUGACUAUCUUCAACAGAACCAUAUAGAACUUGUGCAACCCACUGAAGACAGUCCAGUCAUCUUUCUACCUCAUCAUCAUGUUUCCCGUCCAUCAAGCAUCACUACCAAAUUGAGAGUUGUGUUUGAUGGAUCUGCUCUUAUCUGUAAUGGAAAAUCAUUAAACGAUAUGUUACAUCGAGGUCAUAAGCUACAACGAGACAUAGUAAGAAUUCUUACUAGAUUUCGAAUGCAUAAAUAUUUUUACACUGCUGACAUACGUCAAAUGUUUCAACAAAUUAAUAUACACUCCGAUGAUCAAUGUUAUCAAGGCAUUGUGUGGCUAAAUCACCCAUCAGAACCAGUAAAACAGUUCAAGCUGAAAACUGUCACCUAUGGUUUAAUAACUUCACCGUUUCAUGCUCUUCGCACACUGGCUCAACUCGCUGUUGAUGAACAACAGUUGAUUGAUCUUCGACAAGGUGGGUUUGAUUUGAGAAAGUGGGCCAGUAAUACACCAACUCUUUUAGAACACAUUCCAGUUGAAUACCAAACGUUGCAAAUUUUAAUACCUGAUCAAAACAGUGUAUCUGUGUUGGGAAUUUCAUGGAACACUACAAGAGAUACCUUUUCAUUUAAAGUAGAACCUAUACCAUGUUUGGAACGCAUUACUAAACUUCCAAGAGCUGAAUGGCGACAUAUACGUUCUGCAGACAACCCUGCUGACCUGGCGUCCAGAGAAGCUUCAGAUGAUCAGCUCAUAAAUAACCAUUUGUGGUGGCAUGGACCCAGCUGGCUAUCUGAAAAGGAUAAAUGGCCAGAUGUAAAUUUAAAAACUACAACGGUUUCAGAUACAACUGAAGAGUUAAGAGCCCAUAGGCGCGCUGGGUUCGUUGUUACUAUGGGCCAAAUGUUUUAUACAGUCGUUAUGGUGUAG